CAGAAACAGCAGUUUGAGUGAACAGUUCAUAACUGGAGAGUGUGGAGGCAUGACAGCAAUGAAGUGCAGGCACCACAGAAACACAGAAUUAGUUUUUAGGUCAUAUCCAGUUUUCACCACAGUGCGAGAAGGCGCAGAAACACUGAGAUGACAGCUUGCAGCUUCAACAUCUUCAUCAUCUUCACAAUUUAUCUGAGCUUCAUCUUCCAUCCAAGCCAUGGUUUUGAGGUGAUUCAGCCACGCAAUCGGACCGUAAACCCAGAUGGGUCAGUCUCUAUCAGCUGUGAACACACUGCAAAUACCAACUCUGUCAUAGAUGUUCGACUCUAUGGCAUAUAUCGAACAGACAAAACAGUGCUCUGCCAGAAGGGAAUGAUAAACUGUAGCAACAUUGUCAUGCAUCAAGAGAAUCCCAAAAAGUGGCAUUUCAUUAUACUCAACAGUGGGUCGGAGGCCAUGAACAGUACAUACCAGUGUGAGUUCACAGUGAAAAAAGAUGAUCUAGAUUCCACUAAGAGCGGAAACCCAACCAUACUACUGCCAGGUCAAAAGGAAGUGGUCUGUGUACGUCCUCCUCCACCUCCUAAUCCUCCUCCUCCUCCUCCUCCUCCUCCUCCUCCUCUGUGGAUUCUGAUUGGUCUGCUGGCCCUGAUGUUCCUGUACAGCUGCGUCAUUACCUUCUUCUACAUCAGACUGAGGUACAACAACAAAGAUCCUGAGAACUCCACCUAUGUAGAAAUGAGGAACGUUCCUCGGCCAAGGAAUCGACCUUUCAACAUUAAUUGUGGGUAGCUGACUCAUCGUUCGUCACCGUUGGCCUUAUGGUGUAUGUAAUGAGGGGGAAAACAUACAUGGACAUCCUAUGAGGCAUUUGGAACCCUUAUGACGCUGCUUUUUUCCAUGCAGCUGGUAUCAUAGUUUCAAAGUUUUGCUGUAUUUGCCUUUUUAUCUCAUGUCUCUUUACCUACAUGAGAUGAAAACCAUUGUAUUACUGAAGAUAAACAGCAGGGUGAGACAUGUGACCAUGCUGUCUGCUACAUCUUUUUGUCUCUGCUUUCACAGUUGUAUGCAAUGUGGCACCAUGAUAUUAUCCAUUAUAUAGGAUAUAUAUGGAUGUUCAGUUAAUUAUUAAUCUUAACCUUUUUCAAUCAAUAUUUCCAACAUCCAACUUAAUGGAAGCUAUAUACUGCUUGCACUGAGUGAUUUCAUGUUCCCACCGCUUUUAAAACAAAAAAUGUAUUAUGGUUUGAGGGUUUCUAUCUGGUUUGCAUCCCUGACUGGUACUUGCCUAAAUAAUUACAUUUGAUUUCUUCGAGUAACUGACCGUUAACAAACUCAUUAGCUCGGAAAGCUUUAUUUUCCCUUUUCAAUGACUUUUUAUUGAACAAAAUGGUUUUCAUUGGUUGAAUAAACAACAAAUGCAAGGGGAAAGUGUACAGAACAGUGCAGAGAAAAUACAGAGAAACUCCAGGCUAUUGUGACUGAGUUAACGAUUAGCUUGACAGCUAUAGCAGUUCACUAUUAGCCCUGCAAGUAGUUACUGUCACCAAGUCUCUGGCCCCCACCUAUUUCGCAUGAACAAGCGAAUAUGACUUUGUGGUGUUACCUCUGCAAAGGCAAAUACAUCUGGCUUUCCAACAUUGAGGAAAAUACAUACAAUAAUCAAAGGGUAACAACAGGGAAAGAGAGAAUGUGAGGAUAAAGAGGCAGGGAAGGAAAGGGAACAGAAAAUGAACUGAAUGGAAUACUCUUCACAACUUCUCUUUACCAUAAAAGGACAAUCCUCUUCAAUGCCCCAACUCUCUCUCCCUUACUGCCUCCCUUACACCCUGAACCUCCGCAAAAUGUAUUUUUUUCUGAUGAUACAUGAGGUCCAUAUCCCUUACAUUUGCACUAUACUGUAAAUGAUCAUUUAACUCAGCUUUGUUCAUUUCCAUGUUGUAUUUGAUGAACUUUACUAUAUACUGUAUAAUUUGCGCUGCUUUUUUGGUCACCACAGUGUUCAUGCACUCACACAUCACAAUGUUAUUACUAUUAUUGAUAUUUAUCUUUAUUAUCAAACAUUUUUACUGGCCACUGGUUGUCACAGGAGACUUUUUUUGGGGGCCUCUGUCCUGUCUCUAGCACCUUAGGGCUUUAGCUCUCUCCCUGCUCCAACACAGCUGAUUUAAAUGAUCUAAAACAUGCAGGACAAGCGGUACUCCAGGAGAGAUUUGGAAGACGCUGACCUACUAUAUACCUCUGACAGCAGCAGGUUGCAUUGUAGAUGUAACACUGACAAUGGACAUCAGAGGGAGACACUAGCCCACAAACAUUACUCCUGCAGAUUUCUAUGCAGUACAUAACAUAUUGUAAACAAAACAUACAAGACAACAUCAGCUGCCAUUUGUUGAUUUGAAGAUUUUUAACUUUUCAGUGCAUUUGAAUAAAUACAAUACCAUUUCUUGGAUAAACCCUGA